AAGCACAUGUACACGCAGCGCGCUAUAAGGGGCAGCGAGCCAGCCAGCAAGGCACGUUGCCGCGAGCAUCGAAAUCUUCUUCCUCCCGUGCGAGCGGUGCGGCGGAGCGAUGCCGGCCGGUGAGCCCCUCCGCGGCCGUGGUGCCGGCAACAGGCCUGCAGCGCCGGCCACAGCGUAUUCUGGCGUUGCCAAGAAGCUGCCACUGACUCUGCUCGUGUUCUUCUCCGCCCUGCUCUACAACCAGAUUCAGCCGCCGCCGCCAAAGGUCCCUGGCUCGCCGGGCGGGCCUCCGGUGACGGCAAACCGGACAAAGCUGAGGGACGGCAGGCACCUGGCCUACCUGGAAUCCGGCGUCCCAAAGGAGCAGGCCAAGUACAAGAUCAUUUUUGUCCAUGGCUUCUUCUGCUGCAGAUACGACGUGCUCAACGUCUCCCAGGGGCUGCUCCAAGAACUGGGCAUCUACCUGCUGUCCUUCGACCGGCCGGGGUACUGCGAGAGCGACGCGCACCCGGCGCGGACGGAGGAGAGCAUCGCCGUCGACAUCGCGGAGCUGGCCGACAACCUGCAGCUGGGGCCCAAGUUCCACCUCAUGGGCUUCUCCAUGGGCGGCGAGAUCAUGUGGAGCUGCCUCAAGCACAUCCCGCACAGGCUCGCCGGCGUGGCCAUUCUCGCGCCGGUAGGCAACUACUGGUGGUCCGGCCUGCCGCCGGACGUGUACCAGGAGGCGUGGUACGUGCAGUUCCCGCAGGACCGAGCCGCCGUCUGGGUCGCCCACCACCUCCCGUGGCUGGCCAACUGGUGGAACACCCAGAGACUGUUCCCAAGCUCCAGCGUCAAGGCCCGGAACCCAGCCAUAUACUCCAAGGAAGACAAGCCGCUCACCGCCAAGUUCGCCCAGCGAGCCCACAAUAAGCAGGUCACGCAGCAAGGGGAGCACGAGUCCCUGCACCGGGACAUGAUCGUCGGGUUCGGGAAGUGCGGAUGGAGCCCGCUGCAACCAGGCAACGCGUUCGCCGGCGUCGGCGACGAUGUGAAGGUGCACCUGUGGCACGGAGUCGAGGACCUGUUCGUGCCUGUUGCCCUGUCGCGGUACAUCAGCAAGAGGCUCCCCUGGGUGAUCUACCACGAGCUCCCGACGGCCGGCCACCUGUUCCCGGUCGCCGACGGGAUGCCCGAUGUCAUCGUCAAAUCGCUGCUGCUCGGAGACGGGUGAUGAUGGUUUCUUUCGAGCUAGAGCGAGAGAUGAGGCAUUGGGAUUUCGAAUAAAUUCACCACCUUAACACUUGAAUUAGAUUGAGCACUUGGCCCGGGGAGGAAAAGUAGACUAUACCCGUUUUAAUAUGCACUUCGAGGUGGUGUACUCCAGUGCCAAGUUGCUGCGAUAUCAAUCAAAUACUGAAACGUGGUUUUGGCGUGUCCUCCGCAAUCAAAUCC